AUGUCGCAUCCGGCUGACAACCCAUCUCUGCCUAAGGGCCUGCGUUCCAGGCCUGCUGCUGACGUGCUGGUCAAUCACAGCACCAAUGCUCCGGCUCCGCCUGCAGGGGAUCAGCAUCAGACGGACAAUGGCCUUAACCAAGCUUCAGUCGCCAACCAGGCAUCAACAAGCAACAUCUCUACGUCAGCUAAUGGCGUGUUUGCUGCAUCAGGCAGUCAGACGGCGGCAGAGCUACUCACGGAUGAGGAUGGCUUCAUUGACGAAGGUUCUGACGAUGAGCUGGAGCUGGAUAUGAGCUCAGAAGCUACUGCGACGUUGCGCUCCACUGCAGUUUUGCUCAUCCCGUUUCUUCUGCACCAAGAGAUUGCCUGCGUGUUGGAUGCUUUAACAAUGCUGAUGAAACGUGGUUGGUGCACAGAACUUUCAGAAGAAGUGCUGACAGAUGUGAAAUUUCAAGAGCUUCCGACUGGUUACAUCGCGAAGCAGCGGUAUUAUCGCCUCCAAGCUUCUUUCCUGCAUGCAUCUGAUGCGGAGGUCGUGCGGAGGAAAGAAGUGGUGCAUCAGGCACUUAACGGAAAGCUGUUCAAGUUACAUUGGCUCCAUACCGUCGACCCUACUUUCGCGCGGGAGAAGGCCCUGAACCCGCAGGCCAUUGCAGUGGUUGUCAAAGGCGUCUCUGCUGAAGUGGAGCUGGUCGCGAUCCACAACCGGCUUGCUGUUUACCCGAUUGAAAGCCGCGGAAAGUCUGCCUUUCUGCGUUGCACCUGUCUUCAUCGCGUGCAGCAUCCUGUAACCGGUGUGACACAGAUGCCUACGCGGAUCGACCGAGCCUUGGUCUCACAAUCUCUUCUUCCCUACCUGACGGUCGCAGCACAUGUCAAGCCUGAUGAGCCGGUAGCAGAUCAUGGCUUUGCGGUGCUAACUGCUUUCCGGUUGAAUGAGAAAGUCUGCACGGGGCCAGGGCUGUGGCGUUUACAUGCUUCAAUGGUGAACAGGCCGGGGGUGAGGAAAAUCAUUGAAGCGACGGUGCGAAGGACUCCGGUCAACGAUGGGAGCAGUUUCGAGCUGCUGGUGGCGAGGUUAAGUGCAGGACUCAGGGCCUAUGCACGGGAGGAAAGCAAGAGGGUCAGAGCGACGGUGGCUCACCUGACCAACACGGUGGCGAUCUUGUCGCAGAGGCUGAUGGGGGAUCCCCUCUGCACCAGAACAAGGGAGCUGCUGAAGCUGAAGGAGGGUCAGCUGAAAAUGUAUCAGGCAGCUAAGAAGGAACGGCUGCACAUUCAGGCGGGAUCCACGGCGGAGAUGACGGGGGAGAUCGCCUCGAAGCAUCUCUCGGCGAAGGUGCAAGCGCGGAAAGUGCGCACUCAAAUCACGGAGUUGAAGGACGGCGUGGGGUCGAUCACGGGCUCCAAAGAGAUACUGGAUGCGGCGUCGGCUUUCUUCAGGAAUAUCUUCGGAGCUGACCGCCGCGUGGAAGGUGCGGUGUGGAACUUCACUCCUGUACGCCGGCUGGACGAAAGGGUGGCUGAAACACUGGCUGCAGACUGGACAGAAGAGGAGGUUAAAAGAGCUUUUGCAGCAAUGGCGAGGAAUAAAUCUCCUGGAAGCGACGGUUUACCAAAGGAACUAUUUGAGGCACACUGGGACCUGUUGGGAGAAAGUUUCAUGGUGAUGGCGAAGAGUUUUGCGAGCAGCGCCUUCCUGCCGGCUGAAGCGAAGGAGGCUGUAACGAUCCUGCUGCACAAAAAGGGGGAUAAGGAGCAGCUCAACAACUACCGACCUAUUACUCUGUUAAAUUUCACCUACAAAGUGUUGGCGCGGGUGGUAGCGGAUCGGAUGAAGUCAGUCUUGCACAUGGUCAUCUCACCAGAGCAAUACGGCUUCAUCCCGGGUCGUCGGCUGUCGGAUGCAGUCGCGCUGGUGGCGGAUAUCAUCGAGGGGGCAAAGAAUGGGCGGGAAGACUGGUACUUGCUUCUGGUUGACUUCCAGAAAGCAUUUGACUCGGUAGAGAGGCGGGGGCUCGGUCUUGAAAAGGAUGGGCAUCGGCUCGGGUAUCUUGGCUACGCGGACGACACGACGCUCGUCCUGCAAGGAAGGGAGCAGAUUAGUCAGGCAGAGGAAGUGCUGGAUCUGUUUGAGAAGGCAUCUGGUUUGGCGACAAACAAGGCGAAAUCGGUGGUCUUACCUCUGGGGGUUAACAUUGGGGCGUCUGACGACGGAGCUGGCGGCUUCAAAUGGGCCGGUGCAGACGAAGCAGAGCGGCUACUGGGGGUGUGGGUGACGCCGUCCGGCAGUGGCCGACCCACCUGGGAGAAGGCGUGGAAUCGUGUAUCGGAGAAGCUGACCAAGUGGCAGCUAAAGUACCUGACAAUCACAGCAAGGGCAACAGUGGUUAAUUUUUACAUUACACCGAUUCUAGCUUUUCAGGCGCAGAUAUACCCGCCACCGGCAGACAUCUGGCUGGAGAUAAUGCGGUUGCUGCACAGUUUCACAUCCGGGAACAGAGUUGCAACGGCAAAAGGUUUUAUCCUCUGGAGCAGGGAGCUGCUUUACACUCCGAGGCUGGACGGCGGGAUCGGGGUCAGGGACCCGGAGAUACUCAUCACGUGUUUGGCGGCGAGGAGAGUCGGGCUGUUUAUCACGGAGCAGAAGACUAUCAUCAGCGUUUAUCACGUGACCCGGCUCACAUUCGCGCAUUAG